AGAGGUAAAAAUAGCAAAAGAAAACAAUAUUAAGCUUAAAACCCUAAACCCUAAAAGCUGCUUCUUACAAACACUUCCCUUUUCUUCAAAAGGAAUUAUUUGUGCAGUACUGCAGUGUUCUUCUUCUUCUUCUUCUUCCCUCAACGUCAGUCUCUGCAAUUUCAUCUGUACUUUGUUUUCUCAGUUACCCUUUACUCAAUUCAAUCACAUCAUGUAUCGUUUUGCUACUUCAAUUGCCUCUAAAGCUCGGAUUGCUAGGAGCAAUGUUAAUCAGAUUGGAAGUAGGGUGGCAUGGAGUAGAAAUUAUGCGGCAAAAGAGAUCAAAUUUGGUGUGGAGGCUCGGGCUUUGAUGCUUAAGGGUGUCGAAGAUCUUGCUGAGGCAGUUAAAGUAACCAUGGGUCCUAAGGGCCGUAAUGUGGUGAUUGAGCAAAGUUAUGGUGCUCCUAAAGUGACAAAAGACGGAGUAACUGUUGCUAAGAGCAUUGAGUUCAAGGAUAAAGUUAAGAAUAUUGGUGCCAGUCUUGUAAAGCAGGUUGCAAAUGCUACCAAUGAUGUGGCUGGUGAUGGAACUACAUGUGCUACAAUUCUUACUCGAGCAAUAUUUACGGAAGGGUGCAAAUCAGUUGCAGCUGGAAUGAAUGCAAUGGACCUGAGGCGAGGUAUAAAUAUGGCUGUUGAUGCUGUGGUGACAAGCCUGAAAAGCAGAGCUCGGAUGAUUAGCACAUCUGAAGAAAUAGCCCAGGUUGGGACGAUAUCUGCUAAUGGUGACAGAGAAAUUGGUGAGUUGAUUGCAAAAGCUAUGGAGAAAGUUGGCAAAGAAGGCGUAAUCACAAUCGCAGAUGGCAAGACAUUGCACAACGAGUUGGAAGUUGUUGAAGGAAUGAAGCUCGACCGAGGCUAUAUUUCUCCGUAUUUCAUAACAAACCAGAAGAAUCAGAAAUGUGAACUUGAGGAUCCCCUCAUCAUAAUCCACGAAAAGAAAAUCUCAAAUAUAAAUGCCAUAGUUAAAGUAUUAGAGUUAGCUUUGAAAAAACAAAGACCUUUAUUGAUUGUUGCUGAAGAUGUGGAAAGUGAAGCCCUUUCAAUUCUUAUCUUAAAUAAGCUUCGCGCUGGAAUGAAGGUAUGUGCCAUCAAAGCUCCUGGUUUUGGUGAAAAUCGGAAAUCUGGUCUCCAGGAUCUUGCUGUUCUAACAGGAGGUCAACUUAUCACUGAAGACCUCGGCCACAAUCUUGAGAAAGUGGAUCUGGAAAUGUUUGGCUCUUGCAAAAAGAUUACAAUUUCCAAAGAUGACACUGUCAUUCUUGACGGUGCCGGUGAUAAGAAAGCUAUCGAGGAAAGAUGUGAGCAGAUUAGGUCGGCAGUUGAAAACAGUACUUCAGAUUAUGACAAGGAGAAAUUACAGGAAAGAUUGGCCAAGCUUUCUGGUGGUGUUGCUGUGCUUAAGAUUGGAGGAGCCAGUGAGGCUGAAGUUGGUGAGAGAAAGGAUAGAGUGACAGAUGCCUUAAAUGCAACCAAGGCAGCUGUAGAAGAGGGCAUAGUACCUGGCGGUGGUGUUGCUCUUCUUUAUGCGUCAAAUGAGUUAAGUAAGCUUCCAACUGCCAAUUUUGAUCAGAAGAUAGGUGUCCAGAUUAUUCAAAAUGCUUUGAAGACACCUGUGCACACAAUUGCAUCAAAUGCUGGAGUUGAGGGGGCUGUUGUUGUUGGUAAACUAUUGGAACAGGAUAAUCCUGAUCUUGGGUACGAUGCCGCCAAAGGUGAAUAUGUUGAUAUGGUUAAAGCUGGAAUAAUUGAUCCAUUGAAGGUGAUUAGGACCGCCUUGGUUGACGCAGCCAGUGUGUCAUCUUUAAUGACAACAACUGAAGCUAUUGUGUCUGAUCUCCCAAGUGACGAUAAAGAUGGUUCUGCUAUGCCUGGUGGCAUGGGCGGCAUGGGUGGCAUGGGUGGUUAUUAGUGUGGAUGAAUCUAGUUUUCUUUCACUGAACCUUGAUUAGAGAGUGGGGCUUCACCACUGUUAUUUUUGCUUAUUUUUUCGUGACAGAAGGCAUCAAUAUGUAACCAUAGCGAGAGAGAUUAAAUCUGUAGGUAGUAGAGUGGAAAGAUUUGUGAUUGUCAUUUAUUGCAAUAACAAUGAUAAUUUAGACAUUUGGAACAAUUUUUACCCUCCAAAUUAGUGAGAAAUUGUUGACA